AUGUACUUACGUCCGUAUCCUCAAACCUUAUUCCUACCUUACCCUCCCGUUCCCCCCCACCGCAUCACAGACCUCCAGCAUAUCCCCCGUUCCCUCCCUUCCCGCAGCCCUUCGGCACGCCACGUAUCUCAGAAAAGAGAGGAAACCGUCUAG